AUGUCUGAUAAAGAAAAUAGUGUUUGAACAAGUAAAUGUCGAUGGUCACUCGCUCCAACCAGUGAAGAAAAAUCUGAAAUUGUAAAAUUUUCAAAACAGUACAAUUUAAAAUCGAAUAAUAAUGAUCAUCUAUCAGCAUUUGAAGAAUCUCAAACUGAAGACGAAAAUAAUGAUCAUCAAGUCGAACAGUCUCUUUCAAAAUUACAGAUUGACAAAAGUGACAGUAAUGAAAGUUUACAAGAAUACAAAACCAGUGUCAAUAGUCGAAAAAAUGAACAUAUAGAAGAAGAUAUCAAUCUAACAGGUGAAGAAGAAUUUUAUUUAUCAGAAGAUACAAAUCCAAAAGAUAUGUCUUUGGAAGAGAAGCUUUCAGACAAUCACGAAAUGGAUAUUCUUGGUAUAAUGAAUCUAUCUUCAAUGAAUAUAACUGAUGAUGAUAUGAUAUUAAUCAUACAACGAGUUUUUUAUGAUAAUAAAUCAAAAUGUAUUGGUCUUAUCUUACGUGAUAAUGCUUUAACAUCGACUGGUGUUAAAAUGCUCGUUGAUACAUUAAUUUCAUCACGAACUAAAUUAAAAUAUCUCAGUCUUUCGAAUAAUCCAAAUAUAGGAGAUAAAGGAAUCGAACAUUUAAUUAAUUUAUUACAAAAAAAUCGAUCAGUUACUUUUCUUGCUUUACCAAAUACGAAUAUAACAGAUCAUGGUGUUCGAUUAUUAGCCGAUGUACUUUGUGGUGUUAAUACUGAUUCAACAUGUCCACCUUUGGAAAAGCUUCAUAUAUCAUUCAAUAAAUCAAUAACUGAUCAAUCAUUCGAAGCUCUUAUUCAAAUAAUUGAACAAAAUCAAACAUUGAAAUUACUUUCUUUACAACAUUGUAGUUUAUCGGAUAAAAUUCGACGAAAAUUAAGAAAAGCAGUUAUAAAAAAUAAGAAAAAAAAAUUUUGUCUUUCUGAAUAA